AUGACGGGUCCAGGAUCAUCAUCACCUUCUUCACCAUGGGUACAUACGCCACAAGGAGGAGUUCGGGAUGGCCGAACUCCCCAUUCUUUUCAUCCCACCCUAUCUCCAGCCACAACCGGCAUCCACUCCAGCGCUGUCGCCGAGCGAGCGAGCCCUAACUACUUCGGCAUCACCGUUGGACAUUCGAGUAAUUCGCCCAAUUCAAAUCCCGGUCCGCAUGCCCAGAAAAACUGGGGUCCAUUCCCACCUUCCCAGUCUCUCCCGAGUCCCACGAAACUGCAACUGUAUUCACAAGAAUCCAUGUCAGAAGGACUGAUCAAUCUUUUGAGAGCAGAGUCAGAAAUCGAUAAAGGUCGUAGAGAAUCUGCCCUGCAGGGGUUUCCGUCUGGUGGAAAUCAGUUUCAAGAAAGUAUAAGUAUUGACCAUGCGAGGGUUUGGUCUCAAGGGUCCUUCAGUGGAAUGAGUUCCCAGUACAGGAAAUCCUCCCUCGCCUCGGUACCUGAAACCUCUCAAUGGAUAUCAGCUGACCGUAGUGCUGAACUUCUCAAAUCUUCCCCACGCAGCGUUCUUUUGUUGGAUGUUCGACCGUUUGCCCACUAUUCUAAAGCAAAUAUCCGGGGAUCUUUGAAUCUGUGUAUUCCCACAACCUUGCUGAAACGACGUUCGUUUGAUACACAGAAACUAGAAGGCACAUUCACCAGUGAUCAUGAUAAACGACGCUUUACUCGCUGGAGAGAAUGCAACACCAUUAUCGUUUAUGACUCUGCUACUGCUGAUGUCAAAGAUGCUGUACCUCUUCUGAAUGUUAUCAACAAAUUUCAGGCAGAAGGUUGGAACGGUGAGGGAUUGAUCUUGCAGGGUGGCUUUAAGAACUUCUCUGGUCAGUUUCCAGACUUGCUUCACCGCCCCCAAAGUCAGGCGACAGGUCCUUCUACCAAGAAAAGAUCUCCCAUGAGCAUUGAUCUUCCAUCUGUUGCACCUGUUGUCGGAGGCUGUGCACUUCCGGAUUCAGCAUCGGCUGUCAAUCCCUUUUUUGGGAACAUUCGGCAAAACAUGGACCUGGUGGGAGGGGUGGGCCAAAUUCCUCUGAAAUUACCGCGCGGGUUAACUCAAGCAAAACGACAAGGGCUCCCUGUCUGGCUCCGCAAUGCUUCAGAUGUCAAGGAUCAAGGUCAAAUUGUUUCUGAGAGAUUCCUAGACCUAGAGAAGACAGAACUUCAACGUAUGAAGCAGGCAUUGUCGUACGAAGGAUCCUCGGCUUCCGCUGGUGGUGCAUCCAAAAAGUACAGAGUUGCUGGCAUUGAAAAGGGUACCAAGAAUCGCUACAACGACAUCUACCCGUUCGAACAUUCACGCGUCCGUCUGGAAGGCGUCUCUCUGGGCGAGUGUGACUAUGUGAAUGCAAACCACAUCCAAGCCGAGUUCAGUAACCGCCGAUACAUUGCGACCCAAGCCCCUGUUCCGGAUACAUUCAAUGACUUCUGGCGGGUAAUCUGGGAGCAAGACGUCCGGGUCCUAGUUUCAUUGACCGCUGAGAUAGAGCGAGGGCAGGUAAAAUGCCAUCCCUAUUGGCGGACUGGAGAUUACGGGCCUUUCAAGGUCAAGGCCUACUCGGAGCAAUUCAUCCGGGUUGAAUCCAAUGGUCAAUCGGACAAUACAGGCCAGCCCCCUGAUGGAACUAAUGAAAACCCCGUUAUCAUUGUGCGGCAUUUCAGUCUUUACCAUACCGCGAUGCCAUUCCAACCUCUUCGGGAUAUCACACAGCUCCAGUAUCCAUACUGGCCCGACUUCGGAACUACUUCACAACCAACUCACUUGCUUGCUCUUAUCGAGCAAUGUAACAAGGCCGUUCGUGCCUCCAGCAACCUAGGCUUUGGCAGCCAAGAUGCCGAACCUAGUGGCCAGCGGCCCAUCCUCGUACACUGCAGCGCUGGUUGUGGACGCACCGGCACCUUCUGCACCGUUGACAGUGUGCUGGACAUGCUGAAACGGCAGCGGGCAUCGCAAACACAUUCCUCCGGACUUCCGGACUGGAUUAAUGAUACCAAUCGCGACCUGAUUCUCAAGGCAGUUGAAGACUUUCGGACUCAACGGCCUAGUAUGGUGCAGAAUCUGAGUCAAUAUGUACUCUGUUAUGAAAGCGUUCUUGAAUGGCUUGUCUCUCGGAUGGAUAACAACCACAACAAUUCUUGA